GCUCCGUCCGGUGGCGCCCUCUAGCGGCCGGCCGCCCGCCGACGACGCAGCAACCCCGUGCGUGGCGUCUGAGCCGCAUUACAAGAUGGCUGUGCGGUGCAGUAGGCUCCAUUUUGGGAGGGGUUGCUAAACGUGCCGGCGCCCGCGGGAUCGGCCGCGAAUUCAACUUUGUUGAAGCGGAACUCGACAGGUGGCUCAAAGCGACCACCGGCGAGCCACCAUGGCACCGACCAAGAGCAACCCGCGGCGCAUCGUCCGAGACACGGGCGAGCUGACCAUCACUCCGACAGACAUCACCGACUCGCCUCCCAAGCGCAACAGCGAGCGGCUGGCCUCUCAGAAGCGCAAGGACGACAUUGUCAGCAAGAUGGCCGAGAUUUUCGAGGACGUGGCGCCGAUGGAGUCGAGCUCGGUGGUAGCCGUGCCAGUGUCCGAGGAUCAGCUCCAGAUGCCCGCCUGUGAAGACGAGCCGCUGCCAGACAUUACGCUGAUGCCGGUGGCCCGACGGGAACCGUCCCCUGUGCCGGUCACCGCCGUGGCUGGGCCCUCCAGCGGCGACGGAGGCUACAAUGAUUUCACAGGCCCUGCCACUGUGGAGCCGUACAGCUCAAUGACGCUGCUAAAAUCGGAGCCGGCGCCCAUCCCAGUGGACCUGAGGCCGCCGAUGCGCGUGCUGGAACAGGGAGAGAUUCUGCUCUCGGACGACCCGGAGCAGGUGCGCGUCCUCAUCGAGCACAACAUCAAACUUAAGGGCACCAUCACAGAUGAGAUGCUGGAGAAGGUGAACCGUCUGCUGGAGCACAUAUCGGCCGACAAGUGUCACUGCUGCGGCGAGAGCAUCGAGACUGCACACAAGGGCGGCGAGUUCCUAUGUGACGUACCCGACUGUCUGAAGACGUUCCGCCUGAAGUCGUCGGUGGACCGCCACAAGCGGGUGAUCCACCACCAGGGAGACGUACACCAGUGUCCGCAGUGCGGCGCGCGCUGUGCUGACAAGGGCACCCUGGCCCGGCACAUGUACACCCACACCGGACUGAAACCCUACACCUGCGAGAUGUGUAACAAGCACUUCAGUCGGAAGUACCAUCUGGACCGACAUGUGAUGCAGACCGGCUGUGACGGCAAGCCUAAGGCCGCCUACCCGUGCCAGGUGUGUGGUAAGAUGUUCACCCGCAAGGACAACCUGAGGGAACACCUGCGCGCGCACGCCGGCCAGGUGCGCCGCAAGAAGUGCUACACCUGCCAGUACUGCGAGAAACAGUUCUACGGCUCCACUCUACUGCAGGUGCACCUGCGGACCCACACCGGCGAGCGGCCGUACCAGUGCGACUUCUGCGACAAGAACUUCCCCUCUAUCGGCUCCUACAAGAAACACCGGCGGAUCCACACCGGAGAGAAGCCUUACGAGUGCAAACACUGCGGCACGCGCUUCUCAGCCAAGGAGACUCUGAACCGGCACGUACGCACACACACGGGCGUCAAACCGCACACGUGCCAGUACUGCGGCAAGAGUUUCAUCCAGGCGUCCCAGCUCAAGAGUCAUAUCUUCCACCACACGGGUCAGGGCGGCUUCAAGUGUCCCCACUGUGACCGCAGCUUCAACAGGAAGGUCCGGCUACGGCUGCACGUAGAGUACGUGCACGAGGGCAAGAAGGGCUUCGAGUGCGAGUCGUGCGACAAAACGUUCGUCCGGAAGGAGGACUUGGCGCGACACUCUGUGCUGCACCAGGGUAGCAGGGUGCAUCGCUGCCCCAUCUGUGAGAAGACGUUCGCCAUCAAACCGUCGCUGAAAAUACAUUUACUGACGCACACGAAGGAGCCUCCCCGCUCCUGCGAGGAGUGCGGCCGGGCGUUCAUCCGACAGGACUGCCUGCUCCGUCACAUGCGGAAAAAACACCGGGAGAUGCUCGACCAAAUCAUGGCCGAGGCCGAGAAAAAGAAGAUCCAGCAGCAGCUCAGCUCGCUCGAGGCCGUUGGUCGGCGGGACCAACUGGCGGCGGACGAGCUCGAGGUCCGCUCCAAGGGCACGUUGUCGGAGCGCGCGCUGGGCGAGGCGCUCCGUGAGCUGCUCUCCCUACUGGUGGACGAGGCGACGCUGCAGGCGUUCGGCCACCCCGACCAGCCGGUGGAGCAGGUGCUGGAGUCGGUCAUCAGGCGCUGCGGCCACGCGCACAUCGAUGACCCGACGCUCUCCUAUCCGGACAGACUCAGGGAGAACGCAAAGCUGCUGUUCACGGUGGUGAUCGAUGACAACGCCGUGAAGACGCUGCUCAACAGCCAGACCGUGGAUGAGGUUAUCCUGCACGUUCUGCGACUGGCCAAGUCCUAGGGACCGCCCUUCGUGACCGGUAGUGCCGUCUGUUGAAGAAGUCCCGCGACUGGCCAAGUCCUAGGGGCCGCUGUCGGUGACCUGGUGCCGUCUGGCGGAGAAGGCGUGUGAACGCUCGACACACGGCGCAGGACGUGCUUGGAUUCUGCAGGACACGCUCGGCUGAGUUACGCAUUAGGGCAAUACAGCUGCGUGAUUAGCCCGGAAAGGAAAGCGCGAGUUACAUUGGACAAAAAGCAGGGAUGCUCACGCCGAGGAGGAGGUUGUCGCUUAAAGGCACCAGGGAUGUCGGUUGAUGACAACAGUUUUGCAUAAAGAGGACCUCUGAGAAGCUGAAGCGAUGUGAUGAAGCGUUUUAGGGCGGUUGUAGGAUAUGAAGCCCGGUGCACUUGCCCUAGAUUGUGUACAAAACGUAUCGCCAGUGGUCGAGACAGUGACGACUGUGGAUUGGGGGAAGGGGUUGUUCUACUUGACUGCCGCGGGUUUAGAGACUCCGAUAUCGGGCACCCAAUGGGAGCCCGGGGCACCCACUGGGAGCCCGACGUUCCUUCGGAAGGAUUUUGUUUACUUGCUGUAGAGGAACCAAUAAUCUACUUAUGUUGUACGGUUUGACGGCCGGUGGCGCCGUGCCGACCAAUGUUACACGCAGUGACGGGCGGUGGCUGGUCUCCCUCGCCGGUUUUUGAUACAUGACUUGUUUGACUGCGCUGUUACUCUGUUCUCGGGGUCGUAACGUCCACGCAGCAGCUGCCUGCGUGGGUGUAUUCUAUGUGGCCUUCGCCUGCCGCUCGCGUUGUUACAUGUACCAGAUGUUUUGCGCAGAGGGCGUGAGAUGAUAUGACGCCACCCAUUAAUUGAACCGCUCGCCAUUCAGUGAGUUACGAAGAAACGUUUUGUAAAAACAGUUAGCCCAGGCGGGCCGGGACAGCGAAAAGUUUCUAGCUUGUCUUAUUCGCAAAAUACAGAUAUGUUGUAAGAA